UCAUUUUUUUUGUUGGUCUGAACUGCAUUUCCCGCCGUGCACUGCGGGGGUUGGUUUUUUUUUUUUUGGCCGGUCACGUGAGGGUGCUCUUGUGACUGAUCUGUCGGGGGUUUUAGCUGGUGCUGGAUUAUUAUGUUGCGGCCCAAAGCUCUGACCCAGGUGCUGAGCCAGGCGAACACCGGGGGCGUGCAGAGCACUCUGCUCCUGAACAAUGAAGGCUCUUUACUUGCAUAUUCUGGCUAUGGUGACACAGAUGCCCGAGUUACAGCUGCUAUUGCUAGCAACAUUUGGGCUGCCUAUGAUAAAAACGGACAUCAGGCAUUCAACGAGGACAAUCUUAAAUUCAUCCUUAUGGACUGUAUGGAAGGUCGCGUUGCGAUUACAAGAGUGUCAAACCUGCUGCUGUGCAUGUAUGCCAAAGAGACUGUCGGAUUCGGCAUGCUGAAAGCAAAGGCCCAGGCCUUAGUGCAUUACCUGGAGGAGCCCCUGAACCAGGUUUCUGCGUGUUGAGAUCAGCAGAACGAACCCACCUAUUCCUGGAGUCACAUGGACUGUUCCGGGCAGACAUGAUGGCCGCUCUCCACCCCCGAUGCUCCGCUGCAGGUCUCCCGUCUGAUCCUCUCUUGUCCCCGCGUUCCGAUGAUGUAUUUCCUGUAUUUUACAUGUACAUAUGUCUAGAAGUGGAAGCCGAAUGUGGCUGAUUAAAGGAUGUAUAGAACUCCCGAAA